GCAAACUGCAGGUCAACAGCACGCGGAGCUCAAUGUCACGGACUCGCGUGUUACGCAGCUUCAAUGUGCUACAUUAAUGUAGAUCCCGCGGACAAAAACUGCAUCAUUUGAGGCUGCAAGCUUUUUGUCGGUCAUGGCGGCGUGUGGAGGAUGCAGGUUUUUUGUCCUGACUUUAAGAACUCUAUCAAGUUCAGCCUCACCGUGUGCUCUGCCUUUAACGAAACACAGGACUCUGUCAACCUCAGCAAGAACAUACUCCCUAGACUCAUUCUCCUCUGGGACAAGAAAAACCCCGGCACAGACCGAGCGGAUUUCUCCAUCCUCUGGAGGCGUUCAGAGGAAUCUCUCUGCUGUCGCUCUGCCCCUGACGGGUCAGUUUCGCCCGCUCUGCCGGUACGAUCCUUUAGAUUUGGGCGAUGUGGAUGAAAAUGAACAGAAAGCACUGGUUUGUAAAAAUCUGAGACGGUUCAUCGUAGACCCUGCCCUCGCAACAAUCGUGACCGACCACCUCAGCAGGGACAUCGAUGAUGGGAAAGCUGUCAUAUUUGAGUGUAACCCAGGUCCUGGAGUGUUGACUCGUGCUUUGCUGAACCGCGGGGCCCAGAGAGUAGUUGCACUGGAGAGUGACGCAAACUUUCUCCCUGAGUUGCUGGAACUGGAGAGCAGACUGGAGGGGCAGCUGGAUGUGGUUCAUUGUGAUUUCUUCAAACUGGACCCCAUUGGCAACGGCAUCAUGAAACCCCCCGUCAUGUACUCAGAAAAGCUCUUCUCUGACCUUGCCAUCUCUGAAGUACCGUGGACAGCAGAUGUCCCAGUGAAGAUCGUGGGUCUCUUCACACAGAGGAAUGAGAGAAACUUGAUGUGGAAGAUGAUUUACAACCUGUUUGAGCGCCGCUCCAUUUUUCGCUAUGGACGUGUGGAGCUGAUCAUGUUCAUCAGUCAGAAAGAGUACACGAAACUAGUGACCCGUCCGAGGGAUUAUAAGAACUACCAAGCUUUCAGUGCCUUGGCGCAGAUGGCCUUUGAUAUUGAGUUACUGCAUGAAGAGCCAUUGUCAUCAUUUUUGACUACAACCAACAAUAAUAGAAAGAGCGCGUCAGGGAGCACUCUAUCCCAGAGUGAAAACCUUUGUCUGGUGCGUAUCACCCCACGCGAGGACUUGUUUAGCUCUCAUUUAACUCCCUUGAACGGCAGCACACUGGUCCUGAUGGUGAAACAAUGCCUUGCCAAGAGAAAAGGCAAACUGAUUCAACAAAUUAACUCAUGGAGUCCUGGCAUGGGAUCGGAGUUGAUCUCAAAUCUUGGUUUUCUUGACGACACACUGACAGGUGACGUUUACCCUGAUGAGUACAAGCGUCUCUUUGAGCUGAUGGAACAGUCUGGAAGCUUCGCUGAGAGCUGGCUUUAUCAGGAGACGCUGGAAACCACAAAAAUAGGCCACGGUUAACACCACCAGAGACAUUCGCCUUCACAACUGAUCAUGGAGAAAACAGAAAAAAAAAAGUGUUGUUUUAUAUGGAAGAAAGACAACUAGUGAAGAAAAACACUAUCUUGCUUUACAAACAAACUCUUAAUGAUGGCUAAUAUGUAGACAGACUUGUCUAUAACAGACUUUACAUAUUGAUAAAGUUAUAUUUAGUCAAAUGACGGGGACUGGAGAAGCUGGUGUUGGAGACAUGAAUGAUACUGAACUCAUGAAGCCAAUAACUAUUAUGUGUGUACUGCAUAUACACCGAAUACUUCCUUAAUCUCUUUGAUUCGAAUAGGAGAUCUUAAAUAUGAAUAGAAUUAAGCGACUUGUAAUCCUAAUGAUUGCAUUAGCACAGCCAGUUGAGAUGUACAUUUGCAAAGUGCUCAUGUUUUUGUGUUUUCAUAUUUAAAUGUUUGCUGUAUUUAAUAAGAUGAUUUUUACAAAAAUAAACUACAAAUGAAUGGC